AGUUCGUGCCGUCCCUUCCAAAAUCGCCUCACGCCUCAGGUUCGAACUCCUUCCUCCACCCCAUCCCAUGGCGUCCCUCUUCGGGACUCGCCGCCGGCGAUCGCCGGAGGAUGACGGCGAGGGCGACAGAUCCGGUUCGGGGCGGGUCCAGCGCCGCCGCCUCUCGCCGGAGGAGGAUGCGGCGUCGCCGGCGGAGGGGGCGACGGGGACUAGCCCCGGGUGGCUCUCCAGCUUCGUCUACGGGGCGAGGAGGGUAUUUUCUUCCGUGUUGUUGUUCUCCUCGCCUGAGGAGGCGGCCUCGGAGGAGGAGGAAGACGACGACGGCGAAGACGCUAACGGCUUGAGCUCCGAUGAGAAUGAAGAUAUUCAUGACAAUCGUGGAGCGAUAGUUCCUUAUAGCGAGUCAAAGCUUGCUAUUGAGCAAAUGGUUAUGAAGGAAACAUUUUCAAGGGAUGAAUGUGAUAAGAUGAUAGAACUAAUAAAAUCACGUGUUAAAGAUUCUAUGUUUCCUGACGUUUGUGAGUAUGGAACGCCAAAAGAAAUCCCAAGUAGGAAUGCAGGCAUUGGCCAUGACUUCACAGGAGCUUGGCGCUCCUUGAGCCGUGAUCGGAAUUUCCCUGAAUUAGUUCCAUUCUCUAGUAUGAGACCUGGUAGUUUUUCUCCUGGCUCUCCUCUCCAAGCAUCACCUGAGCUAUGCACUGCAGCAGUUACGGAAGCAAAGAAAUGGUUGGAAGAGAAAAGGCAGGGACUAGGCCUAAAGCCUGAAGACAAUGGACCAUGCACAUUAAACACUGAUGUAUUUAGUUCUGGCUUCGACUCUGACAUGGGUUCUCCAGUUGACUUAGCGAAAUCAUACAUGCAGUCGUUACCUCCUAGGCAGUCCCCAUACUUAGGCAGUCAGAAGUUUAACACAUCACCCUCUGGUGGGAUACAUUUUUAUGAUGAUGAAGGAAAGUCCAAAUACUCUAUCUCGUCAUCAAAGGUUACUAUGAAGGAAGACUACCUUUCCAACUUUUGGGCAAACUUGGAGGAAUCACGAAGAGCUCGCAUGGGAUCUUCGGGAGGUUCUGCAGAUGCUUCUAAAUUCAGGCAUUAUGAUUCUACGUCCAUAUUAUUUGAGAAUGAUACCUCUAUAUUCUCAUUGGGUACUGAUGAGAAAGUUGGAGAGCCUGCCCAAACUAAUAAUGGUUCUGGUAAAAUUGCAGCAACAGAACCUGUCAGUGGGUGCUCCAUACCUACCACACCAACUGAAGAUGGAAAUGAUGGUAUUGUUGAGCCUGUGGACCCUGCAAGGGACAAUGGGAAUGCACCUCAAGAAUACCAUGCUGCAUCCGAACUUCAUCCCGAUAAGGUAGCAGAGGGGAACAAUAUGUCUCCCACAAGUGUUACUAAGGAUGCUACUGGCCACAGUGAUGUUAAAGCUCCCAUAGCAGAACCGCAAAUAGGGGAAUCACAUAUCAACUCAGCUUCAGGGUUCAGAACAAAGGAUGCAGAUCCCCCAAUUCAGACUAGCAUGAAUGGGUCGACCAAUAAAACAUCUGCCAACGGUCUUCUGGAUCAAUCAAACGCUAACUCGGGGCUAGAAUCUUCACGCAAUGAUAAUCCCAGUUGCACUAACUCAAGCAGUGCUGUGCCACCCAUCAGUAAGGACUUAACUGAGUCUGCAGCUGAUGCUGCUGAUGUUGAUUCUGUCGAGAAUGGCACGAGAAUGAAUCCAAAAAAAACAGCUAAGGGAGCCUCGGAACCAUCCUAUGUUCGGCGAGGACGGAAAAGGGUGGCACGAGGCACAAGAGGAAGAGGGAAGUAAAAGCAUUGCUGCAUGAUAUUGUUGUAUACUAAUAUUAACGGCCCAAAAGGGCGACAUGAUACCUAGGUUAAUUAGAGUUAGCGUCGAUUGGUUGUUUUUCAUACAAGGCAUUGCACGUUGACAGUUCAACACUUGUAUCCAUGUUGUAUUAUUGUAGGCUUCAUAAUAACCACGUUUCGUGAUUAGAAUUGAUUACUAGGAUAUGUAGCUGCUUGCCCCAUCUCAGUGUCAUAGUUUUCAUAAGCUUCUGGGUAGUUUGUGCAGUUGGGAGAACAAUUGGGUUGAUUGUAUUGUAGCAGUGACAAGUAUCAAGUGUUCUAGCCAACUAGGUGACUAGUGUGAAUCUAGUGACAGUUGUUUCUCUGUAUCGUGGACGCUGAUGUUUCUAGCGAUGUAACCCCUGUUUUGUACGUCAGCUUUUCUGUUUGUGUGUUUA